AACUUAAAUGUCCCACUAUAACUAGUCAAUCUCUUGUGGGAUUCCAUAUACAAGCCGGCAUGUGCAUGCCUAGCAAGGAUAGACACCAUCCAAAAUCCGGCCCACAAAUGGCAGGAGCAAGCGCUUGCACGUAAUACACAAUUGAAACUAAGCUUCGACGUUAGAACAAAGUUCUGGCACGUUUGACUUUAUUAUAGAUCGCCUAAAUGAUCACUAGCAUUGCGACUGACGCAAUUAGUGAGGUCAUAAGACUAUUGUCUGUGUAUAUAUAUAUAACAUCAAUAACUUCAUCACAUGAAAAAAAUAAGAGUAAAGACCAAAAUGACAAUGAACAACACCCUUAAGAGUGAAGUAGUAGUGGUAAUGGUACCACUACCAGCACAAGGCCAUCUCAACCAACUUCUCCACCUUUCUCAUCUCAUUGCCGCCUACGGUAUACCGGUGCAUUAUGCCGGUUGCGCCUCCCACAACCGGCAAGUGAAGGUACGAUGUAACGGGUGGGAAUCAGAAAGCUUAACAAAAAUUCAGUUCCAUGAUUUUGAACUCCCUCCUUAUGACUCACCUCCUCCUAAUGUCGACCUCAUCUCUUUCCCCCAUCAUCUCCUACCCCUUUUCAAGGCUUCCAUGCAUCUUCGUCAACCAGUGUCUGUUCUCUUGCAGCAACUCUCGGGAAAGUUUAACCGAGUAAUAGUCAUUCAUGACCUUGUUAUGGCUUAUGUUGUCCAAGAUGUAAAGCUCAUUCCGAAUGGUGAAACAUAUAGCUUUAAUCCUGUCUCCGCGUUUUACAAUUUCUUAUAUUCAUGGAUAAGUAUACCCGACAAAGAGAAGCCGUUUCAGUUGGAUUCAAAAGAUAUCCCAGAAGGUAUCCCCCCUGAAGAUGAUGGGUUUAGUACACAAGAUAUGACAGAGUUUUUUCUCAAUCAAAUGAAAUUUCUCGGGUUUGAAUCAGGGUGGAUUUUUAACACCUCGAGAAUUAUAGAAGGUAGAUAUGUUCAGCUAUUGGAGAGGUUACCUACAACAAAAUCACAAAGAAAUUACUUUGCCUUAGGACCUUUUAACCCGGUGAAAAUCAAAAGUGAAAGCAUGAAAAAUAGACACCAAUGCCUUAAUUGGCUAGAUAAACAAGGGAAAGAUUCAGUGAUAUAUGUUUCUUUUGGGUCGACAAUAUCACUGACAGAUGAUCAGAUCACAGAGUUGGCUAACGGGUUGGAAAGAUGCGGGGAGAAGUUUAUAUGGGUGCUUAGAAGAGCGGAUCCAAACGACAUUUUUACAGAAGCUGAUAAAGUAAAAAAGCCUCAACUUCAUGCAGAUUAUGAAGAAAGAGUAAAAGAUAGGGGAAUAAUAGUAAGAGAUUGGGCACCACAGCUAGAAAUCUUGGCUCAUCCAUCAGUUGGCGGGUUCAUGAGUCAUUGUGGAUGGAAUUCUUGUAUGGAAAGUAUAAGUAUGGGUGUGCCGGUUGUAGCCUGGCCUAUGCAUUCCGAUCAACCAAAGAAUGCAUUUUUAGUUAGCAAUGUACUAAAAAUUGGUGUAAUGGUAAGAGAAUGGGAACAUCGUGGUGAGAUUGUAAAGUCAAUUACAAUAGAGAAUGCAGUUAAGACACUGAUGGCAUCACAAGAAGGAAAAGAGAUAAAGAUGAGAGCUGCAAAUAUUGGUGAAGCUGUGAGAGGAUCAGUUGCUGAAGGUGGUGCUUCCAACUUAGAAAGGGAUGCUUUCAUUUCCCAUAUCUCUAGAUAGUUCUACCUUUUAGCCUUAUUUCUGUUGCACAUUUUCUCAAUUCAAUAUUGUUUUUUUUUUUUUUUCCAAAUAUUGUUACAUUCCUAAUUUAUAAUAAUAUAUAUAGAGAAAGGGCAUCUUUAAUAAUAAAUUUCACUAUUUCGAAAUUUCCCUUCUUAAUUUUUAAAAUUACCUUACAAGUAAAAAAUGGUAAUUUUUUUUACAAAAAUAAAAAUAAUUACUUUAUCACAACUGCUUUCACCCCUUGUAAUAACUGCAACUACUCUUGAUUUUUUACUAUUAAUGGUUUAUUUAUUUUUACACAGGACAAACUGAUAAUAAAUAACGAAGGUUUUAAUAAAGAGGAUAAUAUAGUUUAAUUAGUUUCUACUUUUUAAAAAAAAAAAAACCAAUUAGUUUCUUAUAUUGCAUAUACACGCAUUGCGUGUGUUUCUUACAUUGUAAAUAUAAAAGUCAAAUCAAAUUUUCAUUUAAACAAAUUGUUGUAAGGAUGUC